UGCAGACAUUUGUGUACACGUAUUACGGCUGCAUGGGCUGGACCGAGGAGUCAAUGGGAGCAGGCUAACUUAAUGCAGGCUAGCUUUUCAAGAAGAAACCUAGCUGCACUGGCUUGUCUUAUUUUGAUGUGGGUACAUGAAGGGCUUCUGAGCGGGACUUUUUCUCUGACUACGGAGCUUUUUCCUCGUGCAUGGGAAACAGGAGACAUUUGCUGCUGCUGGCUGAAAACGCUUCAAGGUGGCGACAGACAAGGUUGCUGGAAAGCUGAGUUCUACUCUCUCAUGGGUGAAGAACUCGGUCUCCCACACUGUCAGUCAGAUGGCUAGCCAGGUGGCCACGCCCACAUCUCUACAGACCCCUGCCACGUCCUCCUCCACAUCUCUGUCCUCGCCUGCCCUCUCGCCAUCGUCUCCAGCGCAGCUCAGCCCUGAUGAUGUGGAGCUGCUGGCCAAGCUUGAGGAGCAAAACAGACUUCUGGAGACGGACAGCAAGUCUCUGCGCUCCAUGAACGGCUCCAGGAGAAACAGCGGCUCCUCCCUGGUGUCCAGCUCAUCCGCCUCCUCCAACCUCUCCCAUCUGGAGGAGGACACCUGGAUUCUGUGGGGUCGGAUUGUCAAUGAGUGGGAGGAGGUGCGCAAGAAGAAGGAGAAGCAGCUUAAGGAUCUGGUUAGAAAAGGGAUUCCCCACCACUUUCGGGCAAUUGUGUGGCAGUUGUUGUGUAAUGCCCAGAAUAUGCCCAUCAAAGAUCAGUACUCAGAACUCCUUAAGAUGACAUCGCCGUGCGAGAAGCUAAUACGCAGAGACAUCGCUCGCACUUAUCCUGAACAUGAGUUCUUCAAGGAGAAGGACAGCCUGGGUCAGGAGGUGCUCUUCAAUGUCAUGAAGGCCUAUUCUCUGGUGGAUCGUGAGGUUGGCUACUGUCAAGGAAGCGCAUUCAUUGUCGGUUUGCUGCUCAUGCAGAUGCCAGAAGAAGAAGCAUUCUGUGUGUUUGUGAAGCUCAUGCAGGACUACAGGUUACGAGAGCUCUUCAAACCCAGUAUGGCUGAGCUGGGACUGUGCAUGUACCAGUUUGAGAGCAUGAUCCAGGAGCAACUCCCAGAGCUGCAUGUGCAUUUCCAGGCUCAGAGCUUUCACACUUCUAUGUAUGCCUCAUCCUGGUUCCUCACCAUCUUCCUCACCUCCUUUCCCUUGCCUGUAGCCACAAGGAUUUUUGAUAUCUUUAUGUGUGAGGGUUUGGAGAUUGUUUUCCGUGUGGGGCUGGCCAUCCUUCAGAUGAACCAGGCUGAACUCAUCCAGCUCGAUAUGGAGGGAAUGUUACAGCACUUCCAAAGGGUCAUCCCACAUCAGUUUGACAGUGGACCAGAUAAGGUCAUCCAGGCUGCCUAUCAAGUUAAAUACAACGCCAAGAAAAUGAAAAAGUUAGAGAAGGAUUACACUACAAUCAAAACAAAGGAGAUGGAAGAACAAGUAGAGAUAAAGAGACUGCGGACAGAGAACAGACUCCUGAAACAGAGGAUAGACACACUGGAAAAAGAAAGUGCUUCCUUGGCAGAUAGAUUGAUUCAGGGACAAGUGACUCGAGCCCAAGAGGCAGAGGAAAACUACCUGGUCAAGCGGGAGCUGGCCACAGUCAAACAGCAGUGCGAGGAGGCCACUGCUCAGCUGGAGCAGGCCAAGAAAACCAUCGGGCAGCUUCAGCAGCAGCAGCAGCCACAAGCGAAGGGACCCCCUCGGUUCUCUGAGGAGUCCGUUCUGCAGCUGGAGAAAGAGCUAGUCCGGGCCCGGCUAAAGGAGGCAGAGUCCCAGUGUGCGCUCAAAGACAUGCAAGAUAAGAUCCUUGAUAUGGAGAAGAGGAACUCCUCACUGCCAGAUGACACUAAUGUGGCGCGACUCCAAGAGGAGCUAAUCGGAGUAAAGCUGAGGGAAGCAGAGGCUCUGACUGGAUUGAAAGAACUGAGACAACAAGUUAGAGAUCUGGAAGAGCACUGGCAGCGCCACCUGGCACGCACAGCUAGUCGCUGGAAGGACACCCCCAAAAAGAACACGCUGAGUGAACUGCAGGACGAGCUUAUGAGCGUGAGGCUGCGGGAAGCUGAGGUCCAGGCAGAGCUAAGAGAAACUCGACAUAGGCUGCUGGAGAUGGAGACUCAGAAUCAGAUUCAUAGUAACCAGCUACGACGGGCUGAACAGGAGAGCCGCUGCCUCCAGGACCGUGUGCAGACACUGACAACCCAAAACAAGGAUCUGCAUGUGCAGCUGCAAGCAAUCAAGAGGAGGCAAGCUGAGAUUGAAUGCAAGAGUAAGGAAGAUGUGAUGGCUGUGAGGUUGAGGGAAGCUGACAACAUUGCUGCUAUGGCGGAGCUUCAGCAACAGAUCUCUGAGCUGGAGAUUCAGAAAGAAGAAAGAAAGGUUCAAGGGCAGCUGAACCACACAGACUCCAGCCAGUACAUCAGAGACCUCAAAGACCAGAUAGCUGAGCUGAAACAAGAGAUUUGUUGCUUGAAAGGACAGAGGGGCUUGGUCAGUCAGCCCACCUUUGAUGGGAUCCACAUUGUCAAUCACUUUAUGAUGGGGGUCAGUGAGUCUUACCAGUCCUCCGACGAUGAUGGAGUGAAGGACCCCAACCUCCAGAACCCCCAGCAGAGGAGCGGCAGACGUAUCAAACUGCACCCCAAGCUGGAGGACACAGACAGUGACGAUGACGAUGGGGAAGCCCUGCGGCUCUCUGUGCCUCAGAGCAAGUCCACCACCGUGUGAGCAUGGUGGAGACAGAGGCUGGCAGUGGUCACUGAGGAGGAGAGGAUGUUUUUAACAGCCAUUUCAGAGGAGAGGCCUGGAUCCGGAGUUCUGAAUUUCAAAAAGCCGAUCCAUCAUUUCUUAUCUUGUGAAUCACACUUACUGCUUUUUUGGAGUUUUGUGGUUUUUGUUUCGUUUUGGGCACCACUGACAAAGCCGAGGUCAAUUUGGACCUCAGCAGAGAAUCGACAUAGAUCUUAUCAAACUCGACACAGAGGAGGGGGACCGGGACCCUCCUGUGGGUACGACAGAAAGAAAGACUGUGCAAUAAAACAUUUUAUCCUAUAUUCCACACUUCAUCCAACAUGGUUUUAUAUUUUUAAAGGAUUUUAUAAAGACUGUUGUUGCUGUUGCUACCCUUACUUCUAUCAUGCAGGGGCAGAAUUGUAUGAGUGUUGUGUGUGAGUGUGAGUGUAUAUGUAUGUACAGUAUAUAGUUUGGAUGAUGUUGGUCAGAGCCUGGUAUCAAAGCUGCUUCUAUCAACCAGCACUGACCAAAUAAUGUUUUGGCCUUAGCCUUAUGUCACACCCUGCACAACUUGGUCAGUGUGACAUCUGCGAACAUGUAGAUAUGUAAAUGUGUUUAUUUUUCCUUAUUCAUUUUGAACUUGAAAUAUGUUUAAUAUUACAUAUCUGAUGUUUAGAUAUGUUGUACAAAUAAUAAAGAAGGGACAUAAGUUAUAUAUGAUAAAAAAGACGAAUUCUUGUCAGAGGGCGAUGCAUCAUAAAACCCUUCAGCUUGUGUUCUGAGAAGGAAACAUAAAAAACAAGUACAGACAGGGGUCAGCUUUUACUCUCAGCUAAUUUCUCUGAAAGCAUGGUUGACUGCAGGCGGUGCAUCUGCAGAUGAGUCAAACAUGAGUCAAAUCUGUCUUGUGUGAUAUAGCUUUGCACAGAAAUGGACGACAAAGGAGAUUAAGUGAAAUCUACAAUCUGGAGUCGUUUCAGGAGCGGCAACAUUUUCCCAAAGUGAGCACCAUGUGAGCAGCUGAAAGUGUUCACUGAACACUAACUUCAGGUGGAACGAAUGCAACCUUUAUACCCAGGAAACUGUUCAGAACCCACUUUGGGUCUGUGAUGAUCAUAAUCUCUGAUUACUUAUUUUUAAUGGGAGAAGGAACACCUCAUGGCACUUUGCAGUAUAAGAACACAUGGCAACACUAUGAAGCACUACAUGAGAUUGUUGUACAUGUGAGAAAAGUAAUGAGUUCAUAAUAAAAUGUUUCAUCAAUU